CGAGCGCAUGCGCAAUUCAUUGUUUUGACUGAAAAUGCCGUCGGUUUCGAAAACGGCGGCCAAUGCGUCUCCUCAAACCGAGAAACCUACCCACUAUACAUACUUGAAGGAGUUCAGGACAGAGCAGUGUCCGUUGUUCCUCCAACACAAGUGUACGCAGCACAGACCCUUUACGUGCUUUCAUUGGCAUUUUCUCAACCAGCGGCGUAGACGACCCAUUAGAAGAAGAGACGGAACUUUUAACUACAGCCCGGACGUGUACUGCACGAAAUACGACGAGACCACAGGCAUUUGCCCAGAUGGGGAUGACUGUCCUUAUUUACACCGGACAACUGGUGACACAGAGCGCAAGUACCAUCUACGCUAUUACAAGACUGGCACUUGUAUCCAUGAAACAGAUGCUCGAGGGCAUUGUGUGAAGAAUGGCCUCCACUGUGCGUUUGCUCACGGGCCACAUGAUCUCCGACCUCCAGUCUAUGAUAUCAGAGAAAUUCAAGCACAAGAGGCCCUUCAAAAUGGACAAUUAGGAUCUGGGGAAGGUAUUCCUGAUCUGCAGCCUGGUGUAUUAGCCAGCCAAGCUAUGAUUGAGAAAACCCUGACAGAAGACCCCCGGUGGCAAGAUACCAACUUUGUUUUAGCCAACUAUAAAACAGAUCAGUGUACUAAGCCCCCAAGACUAUGCAGACAGGGCUACGCUUGCCCCCACUACCACAACAGUAGAGAUCGAAGACGAAAUCCUAGAAAGUUCAAAUAUAGGUCAACUCCCUGCCCUAAUGUGAAACAUGGGGAUGAAUGGGGCGAACCCUCAAAGUGUGACAGUGGAGACAGUUGCCAGUAUUGUCACUCUCGCACUGAACAGCAGUUUCACCCAGAGAUCUACAAAUCUACCAAAUGCAAUGAUAUGCGACAAACGGGAUACUGCCCCAGAGGACCGUUUUGUGCAUUUGCACAUGUAGAAAGAAUACCCUCUACAGAGGAGACCAUGAGCUCAUUGCUAACAGUAAUUCAGUCAAGUUCACAGUCCCAGCUGGGCUCUCAGCAGUAUUCAGAGUGUCCAGUCAGUGAGUGGAACAGUGGAGGCAGCUCCACCACCAGCGCAACCAGUAGCAACGGACAAGUAGGAAGUGUUUCAUGUUCUAAUAGCGCAACUGUAACUCCAAGCUCAGGAAACGACAGUUUGUUAUCCCCAGUGGGAUCCAUCAGCAGGUCCAAACCCUUAACUAAUAGUAGUUUAUGUUCAGAGUCCACCACAUCCAGUGUCUCAUCUCUGACGUCUAACUAUCCUAAAGCUCCGGGCUUUGAACGUGAGGAUCAGAUUAAGAACAAGGGGCAGUUGGAUCAGAAAUUGAUGGACCAAGAAAAACAGACACAGCAUACUGUAUUCUCUGCGGUUAACCCUUUGGCAUCAAGCUUUACCUCCAGUAUAACAUCCAGCUUGGCCUCUAGUAUUGGCUCCGAUAGUUCUUCACCCACCACCUUAUCAACAAUGAAUGCAAAAGCCACUCCUUUCUAUCCAGGGAGCAACACAGUGGAGUCUGUCAUAGGAUCCGCUCUGGACCUUAACUUCAGUGACAUUAAUGUUGCUUCUCUUGACAAGGAGUUUGAGGAGCAAGACAACAGUGUAGGAUUGGCAAGUCAAAGGGUGCUAGGUGGAUCUGCUCCAGUUAACAUUCCUGGCUCACUAGCACGAUCGUCCUCUUUUAAUUCCUCGUCUUCGCUCUCCACCUCCCCGCUAAGCUCCCUCUCCCAGUCGCUGUCGCAGUCCCUGCUGUCUGGGACGCUAUCGCAGCAAAAUCAACCUUCAAACAUGUUAGCCAAACAAGAGCAUGGCCUCCUGGGAACACCCGCCUCUUCUUCCCAGAAUUCUUUGGGCUUGAAUGGAGGGGCUAGCAGCAUUUGGGACUUUGUAAGUGGCAGCUUUUCACCGAGUCCAUCUCCAGUUUUCAGCAGCCUAACCUCUGGAACCAGUAGUGCUGAUCUGGCCCGCCUUUUUAGAGAUCUGGACGAGGCCAAGAGGAAAAUAAAACAGUGGGAGGAGGCCUGGCAUCAGGUCAAACAAGCCUUUGAAGCUUGCCAGAAAGACGCUCAUGAAGCAAAGGAACAAGCAAAAAUGGCCGAGACAGAGCGGCAGCUGGCAGAACAAAAAUGGGAGGAAACGGAGCGCAAGCUGAAGGAGCUCCAAGGGGACUUUGAUGUGCUUUGUCGCACCCCUGGAACACCUCUUCUACGGAACUAUGGAGAGCUGGACGAGCUCCCCUUGUCAAAGCUUCACUCCAUCCAGAGUCAGCUGCGUAAUGACCUAGACCUUAUAGACGGGGUAAUAUAUCAGCUUCAGUCAAAGAAAUGUAUAGUUUGCCAAAAGCAUGAUCGUUGCAUUGUUCUGCAGCCUUGCCAACAUUAUGUACUAUGUGAGACCUGUGCACCUAGUAAAACAGAAUGUCCCUACUGUAGAACAAAAAUAUUGAAGUGGUGAUGUACAGUUACUCGAGGUACUAUUUAAAGAAUUAGCCCUUUGAAAAAACUACUAAUAGAUAUUACAUUUUCUAAAUAGCAAUGUCUGUUUUAUACAGUGAUUGAAUUAAUUUAGGAUACAAUGAUGUUUGACUGACAAUACAAAUAUAUAGUAUUAGGAAUCAGAUGUGCAGGGGAUUCAAUCAUUAUAGUUUUUGCUCAUUUUAUGUGCACAUUACCUUGCUCAUCCAGGUAGCUUUCUGUAUGAAAAGCCACACACUCAAAAUUAGAAUAUCAAAUUACCUUGCGGUGCCCUUUCUCAAAUCUUCAAUCAUGAUUUGGACACUCUAAAGGACAUAAAUAACGUGUCCAGAUAUCUGCUUUCCAGAAACAAAAUGUAUACAUGCGUUGCCAAGCUGACAUAUUGCUCUUAUAGUCAGUCCAAAAUUACAGAUUAUAAAAAAAAUAUUGCAAAGAGGACCAAUGAACUUGGUUUAAAGCUGUAUACACAAAGACAUUAAUGAGUGUGAGUUUGUAUUUCUGCCCUCAUGUUUAGCUUUUUAUGGAUUGAAAAGUUUUCACUGCAGUUUGGAAUUAUUAUGGAUAAAUCUCUGAUCUUUUUACUUCAUGCACUUAAAGUCCACCUGACGCAAAAACGCAAGACAUUUCAGUCCCACGUUACUUUUGAGAAAACACUGUAGAAAUGUGUGUUAAAUCAAAAGGUUUUAGUGAAGCUGUUACAUCACAGAUUCUUGUAUUUGAAGAAAGAAAUACAAGAAGGAAAGCUUACUCACUGUAACUUUAUUGUUAUAUCUUAACUGAAAAGUUCUAGUUUAAAAUUACAUAUUAAAAAAACUCUUAUGUCCUUCUCAUACUGUAAGCCUUUAGGUCAUUUUUCAGUCAUUCUGAUGGUGAGAAAAGUCUGAUAAACAAAGUAUUCUUUGGGAGUUGCCCUGUAGCCCACUGAUCCCAUAGGGGAAUUAGAAAAUUAAAAUGUCGCUGUUGUGGAACAGCACUAUCCCACACAAUACUACAUAAAUCUAGACGAAGCCAUUGUUAAUAUUUUACCACAAUAGCUAGUGCCAUAGGCAUUCCAGGUUCUCAAAUGCAAAGAAAUCACUGUGUAAAUGUUUGAAACGCACUGCCAGGAAAUGUUGAGUUCACUCCCACUCAACAAGUCCGGUGAUGGUAAACAUGAAAUGGGCAAAACUCAAAGCUGAUUUAAAAAAAAAUUUAAUUAAAGAGGAAUACAUCAAAGGCAAAGAAUUCACUCGGGAGCUUCUGGAAGCAAAUCAUCAUUUAACCUAAGCAUACCAUUUACAGAGUAUGGAGCUGCCAAAACACAGGUGUGAAAUGGGUCGCUGAUCAUCUUCAUUGUACCAGAAAGCCCCUGAGCGUUCAGAAGCUCCAUGCUCGGAGGAAUUAAUACACACUUGCAUUCAACACUAAAAAUGGAAAUCUUUUGGCCAAAUCAUUGUCCAACAUUUGAGACCGAAUAUGCAGAUUCGUUGUACGUUUCACAUCUGAGGUAUUAUUGCUGAACCACACCUGUGUCUGUAAAUCAGCAGCAGUACAUCCCACUAACCAAGAAAACAACCAAACACACGUGACACAUUUUAGUUUUCCUCUUUAAGUAAAGCCACAUGUUCAUUAACAUAUAUUUUAAUGCAACCAGUCAAGCAUCAUUAUUUUGACCAACUCUCUGAAGAAGUUUCAUUUCUUAUUAAAGCACUUUGUUGACCUGGGACUUUAUUAAAGGGUGUAUAGAAUUUUUGCUUUGAGCUGCUUUGUAGGUAUUAUUUUGUCUUUUUUUAGAUUUAUAUAUAUAUUUUUUUUCUAUAAAUGUCUGAAGCUUUUGUGUGUACUGUGAAACAUAAUUUGGAUAUGUCCUCUUGUUAAAUCAUGGCAUGGUUCUAGAUAUUAUUAAGAUUUCAUAAAACAAAUACUUAAUAGUUUCUACUUUCUUAGUUUGAUUUAUAAAAUUUCAAUCAAAUAAGUGCAAAUUUGAAAUGCAUUUUCGGCAUAACCAGCAGCUGUAAUAUCAGUAAGGCACAUGCUACAUGUUCAGGCUGUUCUUCAAUCAGUUAGUUUUGUUUUGUAGAGAUUUAUAUAGCCUAGCCUAUUAGAGAAGCAUGUCUUGUAUUUGCUAAAAGCCUGAGAUGGUGAUUUUUGUAGGAAUCUAGCCUCUUGACCUUGUCUAGAACAUAUCGGCCUCUAACUCUAAAGUGCCUUGCCUUAGUUAAAAAGGUGAAGUGUAGAAUUGUCAGAGCAAACACAAGUAGUUGAAGCUUGCGCACAGGUUUCUGCGUAACAUGUUUUGUUUAAUUUUGCAGAAGCAUUGACGUGUAUGACUGUGUGUGUGUGUGUGUGUGUGUGUGUGUGUGUG